CAAACAAAACAUCAUCAUUCUUCUCUUUUCAACAGCAACGACAACACUCUCUUGUUCAGGGCAAGGAUGCAUGGGAAAUCAUGGGCUUCUUCUGUGUUGACAUUGGAUUCUGCAACUUCUUGUUUUUGUGUUCCUAAUGGUACAACAUCUGCUCUAAAUAUUGUACCAUUCAGUGUAAACUUCUUGAGUAGGCUCCCGCAGAAAGCGGUAACGACAAUUCUUACCUCCAAUUUUUCUCCGAAGAAAUUGGCGAUAUACGUGAACACAGAGGGAAAGACAUGGGAAGCAUGCAUGCAGGCAUUGUCGGCAUUCGGUUUCAGCAUGGAGGAGGAAGACAAGAUACUCGGAAAGGCAUUCGGGCACGUCCAUUCACCGUAUUGGGGCGAAGAGCGCGAGAAGGAAGAACCAAAGUUCGAAAUCGUUAACGAAAUAUUAUAAUAUCUAAGAAGUCUAAGUCUGUCAGAUGAUGAUCUUCGCAAGGUGCUAAAGAAAUUUCCCGAAGUUCUCGGAUGCGAUAUUGAACAUGAGUUGAGAACAAAUGUGCAGAUACUUGAAAAGGAUUGGGGGAUAAAAGGUAAAUCUCUUAAAAACCUUCUUCUUAGGAAUCCGAAAGUGAUGGGGUACAAUGUGGAUUGUAAGGGAGGUUGUAUGGCACAAUGUACUAGAUGCUGGGUUAGGUUCUAGUUGUUAAAGUUUUGUUGUAUAUUUUUUUCAAA